AUGUUACAUCCAACUUCCCAGGAGAAAUCGACAUCAUCUAGCUCGACGGAAGCUACUACCUAUCCCACUAAUCCUUCCAACUCGUCCAAAUUGAAUCCACUUAGUUUGCCAUUUUCUAAUUCUCUGAUCAACUCUAUAGAGGAAUCUGUCCUCCUGGCUACGGCUCUCGUCCACACUAAAGGUUCAGAUGGAAGUCGCCAUCUAACACGAGUACUUCUGGACCAAGGUGCUCAAGCAUCUUUUAUAUCGGAGUCACUUGUCCAAAGAUUGAGAUUAGCGAGACAACCAGCUAUCAUCUCAGUAAGGAGUGUGGGUGAUUCGAGAACAAGGCCGACCAGAGGCUUAGUUCAAUUAAAGGUCUAUUCUAGAAUCCAUCCCCAGGCUACUUUUUGGGAGUCCAUAUCUUCAGUGCAGUCUAUUGUGGGAUUGCAAAGUCCAGUAGAUCAUGAACUACUGAACUUGCUGAGAAGAUUUGUCGUCCAGGAAGACAUACCUUUAUCAGUUAAUGAUAAUAGUGUAGCAGAGGAAGAGUGUGAGCAGCUGUUUACCUCCACUUUUCAACGCAGUCACGAUGGUCGUUACAUCGUUCGACUGCCCUUAAAGGAUCGCUCUAUUAAUCUAGGGAAUUCAAGAUCUGCAGCUUAUCGGGCACUCGUCCAUAUGGAAAGACGUUUCCGAAGAGACCCCGAGUUAGCUAAGAAAUACUCAAAUGUUAUCAAUGAGUACGCAGAGUUGGGAGACAUGGAACUAGUCUCUAAUCCAGAAGAUCUUCAACACGACAAGGGUUACUUCUUACCACACCAUUGUGUGAUCAAAGAAAACAGCUCAAGCACUAAAUUGCGGGUUGUUUUCAACGCUUCUCAACGCACCGACAAAGGGGUGCCCUUGAAUGAGCUUUUACACUCAGGACCUAAACUACAGACUGAAUUGGCGGAUGUCAUCCUUAGAUGGAGGAUGUAUUCAGUUUUCUUUACCGCGGACAUCGAGAAGAUGUUUCGGCGGAUAUGGAUCCAUCCAGUGGAUCAAACAUUCAAAAAAAUCCUAUGGCGAGAGAGUCACGAUCAGGAGGUUCGCACCUAUUAUUUGAAAACCGUUACCUUUGGUUUUACAUCUUUGCCGUAUCUAGCGAUACGCACGUUACUUCAGUUAGCGGAGGAUGAGGGUGAUAACUAUCCCCUCGCUUCUCAAAUUCUACGAAAAGAAAUUUACGUCGAUGACGUACUAUCAGGGGCAGAUGACGUUAGCUUAGCGAGGGCAAAGUGCAGACAGUUAGACUUAUUAUUGCAAGCAGGAGCUUUCACCCUGAAAAAGUGGGUGUCAAAUGUAGGGGAAGUUUUAGAGGGUGUUCCCACUGAUCAUCGAGAGGACGCUACUUAUCUUCUACUUAAUCAAGAUCCAUCCUUUCGUGCUCUUGGCAUUUCAUGGCAGCCGUCGUCCGAUUUUUUACGUUUUCAGAUCGACCCAUUGUCGGAGAGGAGUCGGAUUACGAAACGAACGGUAUUUUCUGAGAUAGCUCGCAUAUUCGGUCCAUUAGGAUGGCUGGCACCAGUCAUCGUUAAGGCCAAGAUGUUCAUGCAGAGUCUAUGGGCUCGCACGGUGCUUUGGGAUGAUGAACUAUCAAUGGACUAUUGCGAACUUCACGGAUUCGGAGAUGCCUCAGAAAGAGCAAUAGGAGCUGUCAUAUAUCUUCGUGUCACAUCACCUUCGAAUCUAACUCGUGUUACUCUUGUCAUGGCUAAGACGAAAGUGGCUCGGUUAAAGGAGACCUCAAUUCCUAGGCUCGAAUUGUGUGCCGCUGUUUUACUGAUACAUCUUUGGUCCGAUUCGCAAAACAAUUUGGACUGGAUUCGAGGUCCACCGCUUCGAUGGAAGACCUAUAUCUCCAAUAGAUUUUCGGAAAAUCAGCGUGUUCUACCAGAGGCGGCUUGGCAUCAUGUUCCUGGAGCGGAUACUCCUGCCGAUUGUGCAUCAGGAGGCCUCACACCGAUUCGAUUAGAACAUCAUCUUCUAUGGUGGCAAGGACCAGUUUGGUUGGCCAGACCUGAGCUUCUAAAGCAUUUCGAACGGCCGCCUUGUCAUCCGACGACGACAUAUCUUAAAUUGGCCCUACAAAAGUUGACCGGCCACGUUCAGAAAAAAACCUUCCCUAAGGACAUCAUCAAGGUACAAAGACAAUUACCUGUUUCGAAAUCGAGUCUAUUAUUGAAGCUACUACCUUUUUUGGACUCUAAUGGACUACUGAGAUUAGGAGGUCGACUGACUUAUGCUGCACUAGAUUACGAGGAGAGAUGUCCAUACAUCUUACCUAAGGACUCACCGUUAACGACCUUGAUUGUGAGGAAUGGACAUCAAUUCAUGCUACACGGUGGUCCUCAACUAACAUUGUCUUAUUUAAGGAGGAGAUAUUGGAUCCUCUCUUGUCGUACGGCUGUGAAAAGUGUAUUGUCUCGAUGUGUAAUCUGCACGAAACAUCGAGCAAACCCUUGUAGCCAGGUUAUAUGUCCUUUACCAUCUUUCAGAGUCAACCCACCAGUUAGACCAUUUGCAGCGGCCGGAUUGGACUAUGCCGGACCUAUUUGGAUGCGCACGACCAAAGGGCGAGGUCACAAAGCAUAUAAAGGGUAUAUUGCUAUCUUUGUGUGCUGUGCCACACGAGCUGUACAUUUGGAAGUUGUAUCGGAUUAUUCUGCUGAGGGUUUCAUCGCCGCCUAUAAGAGGUUUUCGGCUCGACGAGGCGUCAGUCAUACUCUUUACAGCGACAAUGGGACAAACUUUGUGGGAGCUGACCGAGAGUUCCGCGAAAUAUUUUCCGAGGCUUCAGCUGAGUCAGACAAGAUUGUUCGUCAUAUCACCGACAACCAUACAACUUGGAAAUUCAACCCUCCCGCCGCUCCACACUUUGGAGGAUUGUGGGAAGCUGUGGUAAAAUCUGUUAAGCACCAUCUCCGCCGUUGGUGA